AUGAGUCAGUCCCAAAAUGACAAAGCCAGAGGGACUGUUCAGAUUGUCACUAAGGACCUAAUUCGUAGUCUGAGGAUCCCAGCAAAAGAUCCUUCACAAGAGACAUUAAUCCUGUCACCUGCUGAAAUGCAGCGGAUCCUCACAGCCUCCCAGGAUCUAAAAAAUAAGGAGAGCGAGGCCCAGAGGGAGGCUAAUCAAAGGAAAGAGGUUGAAAUCAAAGCUGCACAGGAGAGGAAGAAAAAAAUUUGUGAGUCUAACCGCAAACUGAAGAAGCCACACACUCAGGAGGAGAUUGCUCUCUGUGUGCAGAAAUCCUUGGGAAGGACCAACAUUUUAAAUAUCGAGCUACAAUGUGAGGUGAGGAAGGUCAACAAGGUGCAUAUGGAAUUUCAGUGUCAAGCCAUCCGUGAGGCUCAGAUCAAUGAAAAAAAAAAGAUCCAGGCGACCAUGGCAGAAGAAGAAAAACGGCUGGACACCAUGAUGGAGAAGGAAUGCUGCAAAGAGGUGGAGAACACUCGAAAGAUUAAUGAGCUCCGCAAACUAAUGCAGAAAAAUGACAAGCAACAAAUUUACCACCAAAUUCAGCAACAUCAGGAUGAAAAGAACAUUCUGAAUAAUACUAAGAAGUGGCAGAGUCAAAGGAUCCGAGAGAACCAGGAGAAAAUGAAACUUGAAGACCUCAAGGCCUUGGAGAAAAAGAAGGCAGAUCAACGGUGUCUGCAGAAAGAGUUUAUCUGUAAAAUUGAUGAGAACAUGUCAGCCAAGAAGCAGAUGAAACAGGAGGAGAGGCUGGCCGACAUGAGAGAAAACAAAUACAUUGAAAACAAAUUUAGGCUGAGGACAAAACGUGAUGCAGAACAGAGCUGCAUCAAGGAAGAGAGGGAGCAUGAGCAGUUUUUAAUACAAGAAAAAGCAAAAACUAUGAGGGCAGAAAGGUUUGAGAUCAAUAAUCAGAGGAUUCAAGAACAAAAAGACAGCGAAUGGGAGAGAAAAAAAAAAGAUGUCACCAGGAAGAAAGCGCAGGAUGUCACCAUGCUGAAUUCAGCUCGUCUAGAGCAGGUUCGCUCCAAAGAGCAACUCAUGGUUGUUGAAAGGGAGCGCCAGAAGGCAGAGUAUGAUGUGAUGGCUAAGCUGGAACAGGACUCCAUGGUCAAACAACAGGAGGAGGAGGAAAAGCGACAUCAGAAAGCACAGCAGCAUAAAGAGGCGUUGUUACAGCAGAUCAAGGAACAUGGGCGCUUAGCCAAACAAAAGUGCAAAGACACCUUUAAAGAAGCUUUUGAUUUUACUGAGGAAGGAAGGGAUAGAGAAGUGUUCCUUGAUAUAGUGAAAAAAAAGAAACUGAAAGACCUAAAAGCUUCUGGAAUCCCUGAAAAAUAUUGCACUCAAUUUGAAAGGAAAGUGUUCAACAGGAGACAAAAGUAG